UUACGUCACCACGUGAUCAGUGACGUGCGCCGUGGUCACGUGGUGUGCCGGUCAGCUGACUCGUCGUGCCGUCUUCCGGGUCGUCGCUCGGUGUUUACUCGCUUUUUCCUCCGCCGCGCGUGAAGCCAGUCGUUGCCGUGUAGAGCCGCCAUGAACGCCUCGGACAGUGAUGAUGACUCGUACAACGAGAGGACGGCAUUGGUCCAGUCUGAGAAUCCAGUGGUGCCGUCCUACAGACCAGAACCGGACCUCAACCCUCCCAGUGACACGCCGCCCAAGAGGUCUGGGGUGACCAGGAGAGCGGGCCCAGCUGCCAUGGACGGAGGUGGCGGUGGCGGUGGCGGUGGCAGUGUCGGCGGCUCGGACCAGGACGUGGACGCAGACGAUGAGGAGCUGACUCUGAAGUACGGCGCCAAGCACGUCAUCAUGCUGUUCAUUCCCGUCACGCUCUGCAUGGUGGUCGUGGUCGCCACCAUCAAGUCAGUCAGCUUCUACACCGAGAAGACCGACCAGCAGCUGAUCUACACGCCGUUCACGGAGAACACCCCGUCGGUUGGCCGUCGGCUCCUCAACUCAGUCCUCAACACCAUCAUCAUGAUCAGCGUCAUUGUGGUCAUGACCAUCUUCCUGGUCGUCCUCUACAAGUAUCGCUGCUACAAGUUCAUCCACGGCUGGCUCAUCCUGUCCUCCCUCAUGUUGCUCUUCUGGUUCAGCUUCAUGUACCUUGGAGAAGUGUUUAAGACGUACAACCUAGCGGUGGACUACCCGACAGUGGGGGUGAUCAUCUGGAACUUCGGGGCAGUGGGGAUGAUCUGUAUCCACUGGAAGGGCCCGCUCCAGUUGCAGCAGGCGUACCUGAUCCUCAUCAGCGCUCUCAUGGCUCUGGUCUUCAUCAAAUACCUGCCCGAGUGGUCGGCCUGGGUCAUCCUGGGAGCCAUCUCGGUCUACGACCUGGUGGCCGUCCUGUCACCUAAAGGUCCUCUCAGGAUGUUGGUGGAGACGGCUCAGGAACGUAACGAGCCCAUCUUCCCCGCCCUCAUCUACUCCUCCGCCAUGAUGUGGACGGUGGGAAUGGCGAGCCCGGCGGACGCCCAGCGCUCCGGACACGAAACAGACGAGGAGGCGGAGCAAAGCAGCAGAGGGGCGGAGCCUGAGGGUCGACAGUCCCGGUCGAUUCCUGAAGAUGACCUGGAGGAGGACAGAGGCGUGAAGCUCGGCCUCGGUGACUUCAUCUUCUACAGCGUUCUGGUUGGAAAAGCUGCAGCGACCGGUGGAGACUGGAACACGACGCUCGCCUGCUUCGUUGCCAUUCUGAUCGGCCUGUGCCUGACUCUGCUGCUGCUGGCGAUCUUUAAGAAGGCUCUGCCGGCGCUGCCCAUCUCCAUCACCUUCGGCCUGGUCUUCUACUUCUCCACGGACUUCCUGGUCCAGCCCUUCAUGGACAACCUGGCUGCUCACCAGUUCUACAUCUGACAGGAAGCCCCGCCCCCUCACCUUCCUCUUCCUUUUUGUCCUGAAGACUACUUCCUGUGCCAAUGACCACAGGAAGUGAUGUAAAGCAGAGGACGUGUAUGUUCAUGUAUUUUACCUGGUUGUUUCUACUCAGGUGUGGUUCUGGUCACCUGCUGACUCGUAGUUUAAAGGUCCGCCUUCCGUCCUGUAACCCGUCACGUCUGUAGUCUCUGUUUCUUAGGGGACGACGGCUGCGUGUGAUUGGCUGAUGCUCCUGUCACUCGCUUUUGUUCAUUUCCUGUCUGCUCUUUUAACUUCCUGUUGUCAGGAAGUGGUUCACACGGACACACCCACAUCGAGUCAUGUGACGCGACACCUUAGCUUAGCACAGCUAGCCUCUCAGCUUUCUGUGUGUGGCGACUUUUUAACUUUUUUAACACUAAAACUAAAAACUCGACACAUUCCCACCUCUGCUGAAGCCAGUCCAGAUCCCAGAGGACAGGCGCGGGACAGGUGGAGGACAGGUGGAGGACAGACGGAGCACAGGACAGAGGCCUCAGGUUCAAUCAGCUAAACAUGUUAAUUAUUUGAGUUCAUGUAUGUUCUUCAAUAAAGGAGUUUGUGAUCAAA